CUUUUCCUCCUAGUAAUUAAGUCACAGUCCGCUCUCAUGGGAUCAACCGAGCUUGUCAACGGGGGCACGAGGACCUGUCGCAUUUUUUAAAGAUCUUGUACGUUGUUCCUUCUUGCGCAAUUUCAAUCAUCACAGAGAGAAUGUUGAACGCCCGAGCACCAUCGCACUCCCACUCUUCAACGGGAGCCGGAGCCUGGUCACUCCGCUUUGGCCAAAGGCAGGGACUGUUAAUGAGACUGCUGGCCGCCUCCCUUUUCUACUACAACGAAGUAGCCACGAAGGUGGUUUUUGCCGAGGUCCACCGUAUGCAGAUUGCGGAGGACUGGAUCAAUCCAGACUUACAUUUUCGCCACCUCUACGGGGUGUCGAAGGACUACGAUGCGGAGAUUGAAAAGUUGGACUGCCAAAGCCUGAAAUCCAUGAUUUUGACGAACCACGAACUGCUGGAGAUCCACAGCAACGCCGUGAACGCGGACGGUAGCUUCAACGUCGUUUUGCUCGACAACGAUCAGGUCAGUGGCUGGGUAGACGUGGAACCGCUUUUGGAAGGAUGUAGUGCCUUGCAGAAGUUGUACCAGCUGGCCACUGUAGGAACGAAAGUGUGUAGAAGAAGUAGAAGAACCAGGAGGAGUACAAAUCCUGACCACUCUGUAGCCGCAGCGCGAAGAACUGAGAUGUGGUCUUCACAACCGCUGCAGAUCCUGCAACGAGAGCUGAGCUGUGCGACAUUUCAACGUACUAGCAGCUCCUCGAAGAGUACUAGCCAAACUGGUACUCCUUUCGACGAUGUGGUAUCUCUCGUUGAAAGCCAGUUGCGUAAAGACCCAGCUGCAUUUGCUCUAGAAGCGGAGCCUGGAGAUAUUCUCCCCGAGGUCGAAGCGCGGUCCGUUUACCGAGGAAAAAGCUCCCUGGACGUUAAGCGGGAAUCCCUAACCCACGCGCUGGAGCUUUUGCAAGCUUUCAGAACCGAUCCAGGAGCAGCGAAAUGGACACUGGGUCCGCGGUUUCACAGAAGGUUCGGUAGAGUUUUGAGAAAAGUCGGCCAGGAAGUAGCUACAGACGACGUUGAAGAGGACCACGAAAAAAGCCCUGAAGGGCUAGAUCCGUCUCUCUCUUGGUACCUCCUUCGGAACUUCGCCAUCCAGGCCCUGGCCCUGUAUCUCGACCGGGUGACGCAGCACGUGACCUUAAAGUCGUUGCCCUUUUUCAAUCUGGGCGCCGAUCUGAAUCUCGGAUUUCUCUUCCACAAAGUGAACAUGAAGUACGAGCACGGCGUGUUUGGCUUUCGCUUCGACGUCAUUUUCUGGCUCGCGGAGCAGCAAUUGCUGCGGAAACUUGAAGCCGCUGCGGCACAGAACAAAGAUACAACAGCUGAUGGCGCGUCAGCGCAGUUUGAUGCGGAGAAAGCACGAAGGCAACUGUACUCCAGCGCAACAGACGAAAGUCAUUUUCUGGGAGGUGCUUCAACAAGUGACCAACUGCGAAGACCGAAACUCCGCAUUGCCGAGGUUGGAGUAGAGAAAGGCGAGACGGUGCGUUACGUGUUGCAGAAGCUCGGGAAAUGGAUCGAGUACUACGCUGUCAUCGACCCGUACUACAUGGAAGGGAAGCCAACUUUGGACGAUGUGCUGGAGUACUACAGCCAAAAUGUCACGGAGGUGUGUGAAAGCCACAACCUGCUUCACAACAACUCCGCCUGCGUAACGCAUAGAGUGAACUCCUUGGACUUCAGGAUCGACGAAAAACACCGACUGGAAUCUUUCGAACAAGAUGAUGACCUGUUUGACGUGAUUUUCCUGGACGCCGACCACAGCUACCACUCGGUGACGCAGGACGUAGGUUUCUACGCCAAUUUGGUACGGAAAGGGGGAGUGUUAGCUGGGCACGACUUCUCGAAAGACCACCUACAGGUGGUGCUCGCCGUUCUGGUGCACUUCGCACAGUUGGAGGAACCCGUAACGCUACACAUAGGAAUGGAAACUGUCUGGUUUGUGUAUCGGGAAACAUGGUGACAAGGAGAGUUGUCCUUUGCUUGUUUAAUCAUCACGCUCAUCUAUCUCAUGGUCGUAGCCGCGCGCACCAGAUCCAGAGAACUGCAACUGACUACAUCGUGGACUAAGAUUUCCACUUGAUGCUGCUCCUGUUACCCUGAGACAUGAGUUAUGGUGUGACUGGCGAUCGUGCUUCUUCG